CUUAUCAAUUCCCCUACCUUUUCGGUACUUUCCAAAUUUCAAUAACGAUGUCUGCAGACGGGCCGGACCCUGUCGGAUCGCCUAGAGAAAAACGGAAACUGCCCGGAAGCCAUUCGGAAGAGAGCUUUGACGGGCAAAAGACCAUCAGACAGAAACUUAUCGCCAAAGUGAAAUCUUGGAGCGGCAAAGAUACCAAAUUCGUGUCACAGGAAGCCUGGGAGCAGAGCGGUACAAGCGAGGACGACAGUCCCAAGUUGCGAAAGUCGCCCAAAUCCUUGCCCGCCCUUAGCGGCACUUCGAAAUUGUUGUUUUGGGAUCCGUACGAUCGGAAAGGCAGAGGUAACAGGAAAGCAGCAAGGAAGAAAGGCAAAAGCACCUCCGUUCCUAGAAACGACCCUGGUCCAAGUCUGGACGACGCGGAAGAAGCAGCCGGAGAAGACGCUGUCGAGCCUGAAAAGGACAACUUGAGCAAGUACGCUUACGAUCCUAGAAGUACUAAGUCUGUGGUGUUCACCGACGAAGUCUUGGUGGUGUACUUCAAGAACGAGCUCGUCGUCGGUGAAGCGACGGAACCCUUGAAGAAGGAAGCGGAACAACAGACCCGGAACAAGGAGAUGAGAAGGUGUCACCUGGUGAAGUACCAAGACAAGUACAACUUGUGUCUGUUUUGAGACUGUCCCACGAUCUAUCCGUCGUCAAAGUAACUGCAACGUACAAUAGUAAAACAUGUAC